AUGGUGGCCCGCCGGCUGGUCCAGGAGCUGGGUGGGUGGCGUUCGGCCCCAGCGACCAGCAUGGGCCGCGAGGACCCUGACCCGGAGCGGAAAGGGGCGUCGGGGGCGGCCGACAGGGUUCCCGGAGACGCGCGGCAGCCGGGUGUGCACAAGCACGCGUGCCUGUCACCGUUCCCGCUCCGCGCGCCCGCGGCAAGUGCCCCCUCCCUGCUGCCCCGGGCCGGCUCCCCGCCCCGCCCUCAGACCCCCUCAGCCCACUACACAGGGCUCAACCGAACACGGAGGCUGCUGCCUGGAACACCCCUGGCGCCCGGGUACCCGCGAGCACCGCAAGCCCCGGGGGCACCGCCCACCCGGCCGGAUGCCGAGCGGGCGCAGCGCCUCCCGGGCGGAGCUUGCUGGCUCCCGCCUCCGCCGCGGGCCUCGAAGGCGGGGCCUCCCUGCAACCUGCGCGACUCUAACAUGGCUCCGCGGCUCUUUUAUUCCAAGGACAAUGAAGGCAGCUGGUUCCGCUCCCUGUUUGUGCACAAGGUGGAUCCUCGGAAGGAUGCCCACUCCACCUUGCUGUCCAAGAAGGAGACCAGCAACCUGUAUAAGAUUCAGUUUCACAACGUGAAACCCGAGUGUCUGGAUGCCUACAACAGCCUGACGGAAGCCAUGCUACCCAAGUUGCACCUGGAUAAAGACUACCCUUGCUCGCUCGUGGGCAACUGGAACACGUGGUACGGAGAGCAGGACCAGGCAGUGCAUCUAUGGCGGUUCUCCGGCGGCUACCCAGCCCUCAUGGACUGCAUGAACAAGCUCAAAACCAACAAGGAAUACCUGGAGUUCCGGAAAGAACGGAGCCAGAUGCUGCAAUCCCGGAGGAACCAGAUGCUCCUUGAGUUCAGCUUCUGGAAUGAACCACAGCCCCGUGCAGGCCCCAACAUCUAUGAGCUGAGGACGUACAAGCUCAAGCCAGGAACCAUGAUCGAGUGGGGGAACAACUGGGCCCGAGCCAUCAAGUAUCGGCAAGAGAACCAGGAAGCAGUGGGUGGCUUCUUCUCGCAGAUAGGAGAGCUCUACGUGGUGCACCAUCUCUGGGCCUAUAAAGACCUACAGUCUCGGGAGGAGACUCGAAAUGCUGCGUGGAGAAAGCAGGGCUGGGAUGAGAAUGUCUACUACACAGUGCCCUUGGUUCGACACAUGGAGUCUCGGAUCAUGAUUCCCUUGAAGAUCUCACCUCUCCAGUGA